AUGUCUGGAACUAUGGAGCCUUCUGAAGAGGUAGUUCAACCAGAAAUUGAAGUCAUGGGGGAGGAGUUCUUAGAAGUACAGGAAGGGGAACCCAUGGAUGAGGCCAUUAGCUUGAAUGCUCUUUCAGGUACUGAAGUGCCAAACACCAUUAGACUCAAAGGGGAGUCUAAGAAGAACACCAUGACAAUCCUUUUGGAUUCAGGAAGCACUCAUAGCUUCCUAGAUUUAGAGACAGCAAGGAAAAUGGGGUGUGUUAUCAAAGAAAGUGUGCCUAUGAGAGUGACAGUAGCCAAUGGGAACCAUUUGUGCAGUCUGUACACUUGCCCCAAGUUCAAAUGGAAGAUACAGGGAAUAGAGUUUGAGGACUCAGUAAGAUUACUGAGACUUGGGGGUAAUGACAUGAUUUUGGGGGGAGAUUGGAUGAAAGGACACAAUCCUCUCCUAUUGGACUUCAUAGAGUACAAAGUCCAGGUUACACACAAGGGAAAAAGGGUGGAACUUAGGGGCAUUUAUCACCAAGGGGAAUUAAAGAGCAUGACUGCUACUGGGGUAAAGCAUCUACUUAAAAAGGGUCAAGCUAUAUGGGCUCACUUGUUCACUAUAUCAGCAGCAGAAGCACAGUUAGAGGAAAAUAUACCUGCAGCUAUCCAACAAGUACUGAAGGAGUUUCCAGAUGUCUUCUCUGAGCCCAAGACAUUGCCACCAAGGAGGAAUCAUGACCAUUUUAUCCCUCUAAAAGCAGAAACAAAUCCAGUUAACAUCAUACCUUACAGGUACAAUUUCUUUCAGAAGAAUGAAAUAGAAAAACAAGUAAAUGAAAUGCUCCAGAAUGGAAUUAUUCAGCCUAGCCAUUCUCCCUUUUCUUCACCUGUUUUACUAGUAAAAAAAAAGGAUGGUAGUUGGAGAUUUUGUAUUGAUUAUAGAGCCCUAAACCAAAUGACUGUCAAAGACAAGUUCCCAAUUCCCUUGGUAGAUGACUUAAUGGAUGAAUUACAUGGUUCAUGCAUAUAUUCUAAGAUAGACCUUAGAGCUGGCUACCAUCAAAUUAGAAUGGGAGACAAGGACAUAUAUAAAACUGCCUUUAGAACAAAUUUGGGGCAUUAUGAGUUUAAGGUUAUGCCCUUUGGGCUAACCAAUGCACCAGCUACAUUCUAG